AUGGAUGUCCAAGCAGUAUCCCACGACUUUGUUCAGGACUAUAAUAAUAAGUUCAAUAACCCGGACGCAAGGAGCAGCAUGGACUCGUUAUACCAUCCGGAAUCGAUGUUAACAUGGGACGGCGUUCAACAUCAAGGCACGCAGGAAAUCAUAUCAGCCUUAACUGGACCCAGUAUGAGGACUGUUAAGACGCACAUCACGUCUGUAGACGCUACCCCAUCGGCUAACCACGGCGUUCUGGUGGCCGUUACUGGGAAUUUAACUGUGAGCGACAUGUCCCAGGUCGAUGAUGGGCCCGGUAAACCAUUGACCUAUGCGGCGACUUUCUCUCUGCAGCCUAUACCUGAACUGAAGGGUGGAUUCUUCAUCCACAGCCAGAUCUUCAGGGCUGUGCGUUCAUAG